AUGGAGAGACAUUGUUUGUUCUUUGUGAUUUUUUCCCUUAUACUACAUCUUGUUCAAGCUCAGGACCCAAUAGUCAUAGGAACCUAAUAAUCGCCUAUUAAUGUAGUCUCCUACAUACUAUAGGAUUCAUCAAUUUGGAUUGUGGUUUGUCAAUUCAAGGCUCUCCUUACAAAGAAUCCUCGACCGGUCUAACAUAUACGUCAGACGAUGGUUUCGUCCAGAGCGGGAAAAUUGGUAAAAUCACCAAGGAACUCGAGUCAUUAUACAAGAAACCGGAGCGGACGCUAAGAUACUUUCCUGAUGGAGUAAGAAAUUGUUUCAGUCUGAAUGUCACAAGGGGAACAAAGUAUCUAAUCAAGCCAACCUUUCUCUAUGGAAACUAUGAUGGUCGUAAUGUCAUCCCGGAUUUUGAUCUUUACAUCGGCCCAAAUAUGUGGAUCACGGUGAAUACUGAUAACACUAUCAAGGAGAUCCUCCACGUAUCGAAAUCAAACACUUUGCAAGUGUGUCUUGUUAAGACAGGUACAAGUAUACCUUAUAUAAAUACAUUGGAACUACGACCAUUGGCCGACGAUAUAUACACCAACGAAAGUGGCUCCCUCAACUAUCUUUUUCGGGUUUAUUAUAGCAAUUUAAAGGGCUAUAUAGAGUACCCCGAUGAUGUCCACGAUCGCAUAUGGAAACAAAUCCUACCUUACCAGGAUUGGCAGAUUUUAACUACGAAUCUCCAAAUAAACGUUUCUAAUGAUUAUGAUCUACCCCAACGUGUAAUGAAAACAGCUGUAACACCCAUUAAAGCUAGCACAACGACGAUGGAAUUUCCCUGGAACUUAGAGCCUCCAACUUCACAGUUUUACUUAUUCCUUCACUUUGCAGAGCUUCAAAGUCUACAAGCCAACGAGACGAGGGAAUUCAAUGUGGUGUUGAACGGAAAUGUUACAUUUAAAUCUUAUAGUCCUAAGUUUUUAGAAAUGCAAACAGUAUAUAGCACAGCACCAAAGCAAUGCGAUGGAGGGAAAUGCUUGUUGCAGUUAGUGAAAACGUCAAGGUCCACUUUGCCGCCUCUAAUUAAUGCUAUGGAGGCUUACACUGUGCUUGAUUUCCCACAGAUAGAAACAAAUGUAGAUGAAGUGAUUGCUAUCAAGAAUAUACAAUCUACUUAUGGAUUGAGUAAAACAACCUGGCAAGGAGAUCCAUGUGUACCCAAAAAGUUCUUGUGGGAUGGUUUAAACUGCAACAACUCGGAUGAUUCUACGCCACCAAUUAUCACUUCCUUAAACUUGUCUUCAAGUGGAUUGACUGGAAUUAUCGUGCUGACCAUUCAGAAUCUCGCCAAUUUACAAGAACUGGACUUGUCAAAUAACAACUUGUCUGGAGGUGUUCCUGAAUUUCUAGCGGAUAUGAAGUCGCUCUUGGUCAUAAACUUAAGUGGGAACAAUCUCAGUGGUGUAGUUCCUCAAAAGCUUAUAGAGAAGAAAAUGUUGAAAUUGAACAUUGAAGGCAAUCCGAAGCUUAAUUGCACAGUGGAGUCAUGUGUAAACAAAGAUGAAGAGGGUGGACGACAGAUAAAGAGCAUGACAAUCCCAAUUGUGGCAUCAAUUGGUUCUGUUGUUGCCUUCACAGUUGCAUUGAUGAUAUUUUGUGUUGUUCGAAAGAAUAACCCGUCAAACGAUGAAGCUCCAACAUCAUGUAUGCUACCCGCGGAUAGUAGAUCAUCUGAACCGACAAUAGUGACGAAGAAUAAAAAAUUUACGUAUGCGGAGGUUUUAACCAUGACAAACAAUUUCCAAAAAAUCCUUGGAAAAGGAGGAUUUGGAAUUGUAUAUUAUGGUUCAGUAAACGGUACAGAGCAGGUUGCUGUGAAAAUGCUUUCCCAUUCAUCAGCUCAAGGAUAUAAGCAAUUUAAAGCUGAGGUUGAACUUCUUCUUAGAGUACAUCACAAGAAUUUGGUAGGCCUUGUCGGGUAUUGCGAAGAAGGAGAUAAAUUGGCUCUCAUCUACGAAUACAUGGCCAAUGGAGACUUAGAUGAGCAUAUGUCAGGAAAACGAGGUGGUUCUAUAUUAAAUUGGGGAACAAGGCUAAAGAUAGCUCUCGAGGCUGCACAAGGAUUAGAGUACUUGCAUAAUGGAUGCAAACCCUUAAUGGUUCAUAGAGAUGUUAAAACCACAAAUAUAUUGUUGAAUGAACAUUUCGAUACCAAACUUGCUGAUUUUGGGCUUUCGAGAUCAUUCCCGAUAGAAGGGGAAACUCAUGUAUCAACUGUUGUUGCUGGAACUAUUGGUUACCUCGAUCCCGAAUAUUACCGAACAAAUUGGUUGACGGAGAAAAGUGAUGUGUAUAGUUUUGGAGUUGUAUUAUUGGUGAUGAUUACAAACCAACCCGUGAUAGACCAAAACCGCGAAAAGAGACAUAUAGCAGAAUGGGUGGGAGGAAUGCUUACGAAAGGAGACAUCAAAAGUAUUACUGAUCCAAAUCUCCUUGGAGAUUAUAAUUCUGGUUCUGUUUGGAAAGCUGUUGAACUAGCAAUGUCAUGUAUGAAUCCUUCUUCGAUGACAAGACCGACAAUGUCUCAAGUUGUUUUUGAACUGAAAGAGUGUUUGGCCUCUGAAAGCUCCAGGGAAGUGAGCAUGACCUUCGGAACUGAAGUGGCCCCUAUGGCUCGGUAGAGGUCCUGAUUAUAUUUCCUAUUGUAUCGCGUGGAUCAUUAUUUU